GCACCAAGCCUGGGUUAGAAGAGUAUCUAUUCAACGAGUUUUCUCGAUAUUUGAAUUACACGUGGACUAUGAAUGACAUAACUCAUGACGAAGGAAGAUUCGGAAUAAAACUUGGAAAUGGAUCAUGGACCGGAGCAAUCAGAGAGCUGAUUAAUGGAAAAUCAGACGUAUUUUACUGUGGACUAUGGAUCAACCUUCAAAGGGCUGAGGCAAUCGGAUUCACUUCUCCUCUUCUGCAGCAAGAGAUAACAUUUUUCGUGCCAUUGGAACGAGGGCUACAGUGGUCUUGGAUAUCACUCUUCCUCCCAUUCACUGCUACUGUGUGGGUCAUAGCAUUUACUGUGUUCUUUUUACUGACUUUUGUUCUAUAUGUGGCAGCUCACAUAACCAAAUAUUGUCCAUCUUUGCAACGGAUUUCAUUCUUGCCAAGAUAUCGUAGAUAUAGUACAUGUUUUAUACAUGUGUACGGUAUAAUAUCAACCUUCUCACCACCCAACAGAAAAAGAAGAUCGCUGCUAUUCAUAAUCAUGCAGGUUUAUUCAUUUCUUCUAAUAGCUUCAUACAACAGCAAAAUUCGAGACGAGAUAAUGACACCAGAAUAUGUAACUAUAAAAGACAUACAAGAACUGGUAGAAAUGAACUACGAUUGGGCAGAGCCGAAAAGUACUAAUUCUCAAAUCGUGUUUAAUGUCAAUGUAAGUUGAAGUUUGAUUGUCCAUAUGACAUCGAAGAUUAAAGUUCGAUCUUCCUUGAUUAAUAUUAUGUGUUUACCGGGAACGUUAAAAAUGACUUGAGAACUUAUAUGGCUGGGGUUAGACCAAACGAGCGAAUGCUUGUUCUGAACAAAGAUUAAUAUAAAUCUGUAUUAAGCCAAUUUGAAAGCUCUAAAGCCACGAAAACUAAAAUUGAAUUCAUAUACUUUUGGAGUCACAAUUUAUUAUAUAUCAUUCUUCUCAUAUGUCUAGUUGCUUCUGUGUUUUAUGCUCCAGAAUUCGUGCUCUAGCUCAAUUUGGUCUUUCUAACCCCAGCGUAAGAGAAGGAAAUAAUUUUUACUGAACUCAUCGGUCCUUUUAAAAACAAUUUUUGCAGGAUAUCAAGUUAAUUUAUGAAUAUUUGAAUUAAUAUUCUGAU